CCUUAAUUAUCCUACGUCUUAGGCUGCUUAAGGAAGGGGCUGUGCUUUCGGAAUCCCUUCUGAGCCAAGUAAGGAGGUCCCUCUCUUUGCCUCUCUCUCUUUUUUAAAGGACCUCAUGAAAUAAAAGUGCCGAAAACAAACCCAGGCGAUCACAGCGGCGGCGGCGGCGGCGGCGGCAGCAGCAGCAGCGGCAGCGGCAGCAGCAGCAGCAGCAGCAGCAACAGCAGGAGGAGGAGGAAAGUAGGAGUUGGGGCAGCGCUCCGAGGUGGCUGGGCUCCGCGCAGCUCCCAUUCAUUAAGCAACCAGCUGCGGAGGAAGGUGGCCGAGCGCCCGCGCUGCCCCCUCGCUGCUUUGCGCACGGACACGCCAGCUCCGCGCGUCCGGAGCAGCGCAGCGCUGCAGAAGUUUCUGCUCGGGAGUUGACUCUCUUCCCCUUGGACUUUCGAACGAUUCGGGGUUGAGACAGGAAAAGCGGAGGAGCACCAGGGAGCAGAAAGCACCACCGCCUGCCCUUGGAAGCGGGGCAGCGGGGCCGCACUCUCCCGCCGCGCCCCGAGAAGCCUCGGUCGGGAGGCGACCCCGGCGUCUGGGUGUGUGGCUGCAGUCGUGGGGCGUCUUGGCCAGCGCCAUGCAAAACUACAAGUACGACAAGGCUAUCGUCGCGGAGAGCAAGAACGGCGGCAGCCCGGCGCUCAAUAACAACCCGAGGAAGGGCGGCAGCAAGCGGGUGCUGCUCAUCUGCCUGGACCUCUUCUGCCUCUUCAUGGCGGGCCUGCCCUUCAUCAUCAUCGAGACAAGCACCAUCAAGCCUUACCACCGGGGUUUUUAUUGCAAUGACGAGACCAUCAAGUACCCGCUGAAAACCGGGGAGACAAUCAAUGAUGCUGUGCUCUGCGCUGUGGGCAUCGUGAUCGCCAUCCUCGCGAUCAUCACGGGGGAAUUCUACCGCAUCUAUUACCUGAAGGAGAAGUCCCGGUCGACAAUCCAGAAUCCCUAUGUGGCAGCCCUCUAUAAGCAAGUGGGCUGCUUCCUCUUCGGCUGUGCCAUCAGCCAGUCCUUCACGGACAUUGCCAAGGUCUCUAUAGGGCGCCUGCGUCCUCACUUCUUGAGCGUCUGCAACCCCGAUUUCAGCCAGAUCAACUGCUCCGAAGGCUACAUCCAAAACUACAAGUGUAGAGGCGAGGACAGCAAAGUCCAGGAAGCCAGGAAGUCCUUCUUCUCUGGCCAUGCCUCCUUCUCCAUGUACACUAUGCUGUAUCUGAUGCUGUACCUGCAGGCCCGCUUCACUUGGCGAGGUGCCCGGCUGCUCCGGCCGCUCCUGCAGUUCACCCUGAUCAUGAUGGCCUUUUACACAGGACUGUCCCGCGUGUCUGAUCACAAGCACCACCCCAGCGAUGUCCUGGCUGGAUUUGCUCAAGGAGCCCUGGUAGCCUGCUGCAUAGUUUUCUUCGUGUCUGACCUCUUCAAGACCAAGACGACUCUGUCCCUGCCUCCCUCUGCCAUCAGGAAGGACAUCCUCUCACCUGUGGACAUUAUCGACAGGAACAAUCACCACAACAUGGUGUAGGCGCCGCCCAGCUCCUGAGCUGUUUUUGUGAAAUGACUGCUGACAGCAAGUGUUUGCUGCUCUCCAAUCUCAUCAGACAGUAGAAUGUAGGGAAAAACUUUUUGCCCAACUGAUUUUUUUUUUUUAAAAAGGAAAAAAAAAAAAAAAAAAGUCUUACUUUGUGGCCUUCCCAGAUAGGUAGCGUUCACCUAUGUGGAAACAUCAGCAGACUAACAGCCAGUGGGGGGAUCCUGGAUGUGCACUCGGUUUACGUGUUCAUGUUCUAGUGAACACGGGCUUGUUCUGGAACAAACACAAAUGAUUUUGAGUAGAGUCUGCGGGUCACCUGACCUCUGUGACCUGAGGGAUCCCAGGCCUGUGAGAACAGCUCAGAUUCACAUGGUAGCACACAGGACGCCGGUAAUAGCACUGAAUCAAGAAAAAAAUUAGCCAUGGGGGGCUCCCCUCUUGGGUCUUUCUGUCCACACCACUCGAUUCUCUACUGUGACUUGGGUUCAGGAAACUUGUUUCGUGUGUUCAUUCGUUUUCGAUUGUUUUCAGCAGAAGGAAAGAGCACGUUUUCCAGUGAUGGGAUCCUGAAUCCAAACUCACAGUCGGGAGGCCUUAUCACUCACUUCCUCAGCCCGCAGGCCAGCAACCACAGCCCCUCACGCUAGUGAUUAGGAGACUCUUUGUGGAUGAGUGAAUUUCACAAACAGCACAAUUUCAGAAGAGCUCGAGGGUGCAGGCCCUCCUGCGUCUUCUUUUCGACGCACCCUCCUGUGAUGCUGAAAUGUCGAUUGCAGGAUGCUGGCGUUGUGUACAGCCGCUGCCCGGGCGCUGGCACACUCGUAGUGACGGUCAGCUUCGGGUCCGGCUUUCUCCCUUGAAACCCUUGCGGGGUGCCCACCCGGAUUGCCUGUGAGGGUCCAGAGACGAGCAAAGACGUGGUCUGCCAUCAGCUGAUGGAAAGCAGCCUUCCGUGUAAGAGACGGAGGGGUGAAGGGGGCUGAAAAGUGGAGCAACCCUUUGGCUACUCAGAAGUCGGAAUGAGCCAGAGUAGCAGACGGUCUCACGUCCCAGAGGCUGCCCUUCCAGAUGACGGAGCCGAUCCUCUGUGGGAGCCGCUCGUGCUGAGCUGUGUAAAGCACUAUUGUCUUGGGGUUGAUCUCUAGGGCAGUUCUUGGUAGGUUCUGCUGGGCAGAACACGUGGGUUAAAUCUCCGUAGAGUUUCCUCGUCUUCUAUCCCUAAGUGUCCUUCUAAGCAAGGUCCCUCUCGAGGCAGCAGACAGGGACCACUUCUACUGAACCUUUGAGGAAAGAAGGAAGGAAGAAAUGCUUUCAGAUCUCGGAUGCAAACCUUUCAAAGGGCUGCCUGUAACCACAUGGGUCAACCACAUGCACAUCCUUAAUACAGAAGCCGUCCUUUCAUUUCAACCUAUAGCAAGCUAUGAUUUUUAUAUAUAAAUAUUAUAUAAAUAAUGUAUAAAACAUUAAAAGUUAACUAUGUAAAAUAUUAUUUCUGAAACAAUUUUAGCUGUAUCCACUAUGAUUAUAAACUGUGUCUCGACCUGUGUUAUUUACAUUAGCUGCUUAAAAAAGCAUUGAGUUAAUUUUUUUUAAUAUCAACUAAAAAUAUCGUAGUUCUGUGGUAGACAUUGUUUUUACAAUGAAAGAAAUAACUGCAACUAGAGAAAACUGUAUAAAAACAUUAAAUUGUCAGUAUUUUUGUAAGGUUCCCUUUUGUAAAGAGAAUAAUAUUCAAAGACUUUUGUGGCACAUACAAAGUGAAAACUUGUAUCUGCGAAACUAUACUUGUAUUAAAUGUGCUUUUUAAAUAAAAGCUCACAAGGACUAAG